AUGUCCACCAACUCCGAGACCAACAACGAGGCAGUCAGUAGUGCCGAUGCCGUUUUUAUCAUUGAAUGCCUCAAGCAUCUCAACGAAUCUAAGCAGGUCGACAUCGGUAAAGUUGCCGCUGCCUUGAAGUACAGCAAUGUGCAAUCGGCCCGCAACCGUCUUCGCACCCUGGGCAAGCGCUAUGGAUUUCCAAACCUGGAAUGCAAGUUCCCUGCUACACCUACCAAGGCCGGCAAAGCUGGUGAUAUUGGCGAGGCUGUCAAAGAUGAUACUGCUGGCGAUGAAGAUGCUUCAUCUUCCGGCGAGACUGUCCAGGCCUCUCCCUCCAAGCCUGCUCGCAAGCCUGCCGCCCGCCGCAAGGGAGCCAAGGCCAACUCGAAGCCGAUUCCCGCCACUGGUCCGAUGAGCACCGAUGGCUCUGCCUCUCCUUCUAAGAAGCCUGCCGGAAAGCGCGGUCCAAGAAUCAAGGGCAAGCAAGCCGCCAUCAUGGAGUCCGUCGAAAUUCAGGUUAAAAAGGACAGUGAUGUGAAGAUGGAGAAGAUAGACGCUUAA